GUGUUUGCACACGUCACAUGGAAUGUUAUGGUGACUCGGUGUGUGACUUAUUGAGAUCGUUCUAUUUGCCGUGUUCUUAUGUUGUAAUUCUUUAUGUUAAUUCUGACCCUCGCAAACAUUCCUCUGCUUGAAUUCGUUGUCGGGAAGUUUGGAAGAGAAGACAAACGAGUCAUGGGUCAAACGGAAUCCACACCUUGCGCUUCUCCAGAACCUACUCCUAAACCGCCAGAGGAAGAUGAAUUAGAAAACUCAGCGGUGGACACUGGAGCAGAGAAACAGGAACCAGAACAACGGCAAAAUUCCUCUCAAGAGAUCGUUCAGGCUCAGUCAUGCGCAGACGCGAUCACACUGGACAGAAGAGCUACAGAGCGAAAGUUAAAUGGUGCUAAAGAUAUGAAGUCAGACCAGAAUCUCAACAAACCCGAACCGAAAAGUCGAGCGUUUAAAAAUGCUGCUAAAAUGGUUCAGCAGGUUGCCAGCGUCAAAAUGUUCCUGUCUUCAUUCAAAAAAGACUCCGAGUAUGUGUUCGUGGAAAUUCCAAAACGGCCUGACGACCACGCCGCUGACUUAGGCUUUACUUUACAUGGCGGUUUUGAUAAUCCACGAAUCCCUGGUGAUCCGGGAAUUUUUAUCAAUCACGUGAUUCCUGGAAGCUUUGUGGACAGAAAGCUGAGGCCUGGGGACCGAGUGCUAUCGAUAAACGGAAUUAACGUCACACAAGUCCCAAUGAAGUACGCGCGUCAAGCAGUGAGGAAAGCUAGGGGUGUAGUCAGACUUUAUAUCAAGAAAUCACCGAGAAGGGAGCAAAGAAUCAAUGAAGCCAUUAGAAAAGAAAACGAACAAGAUGUUCCAAUUUUCAACAAAGAGCAAAUUGAAGCAAACCGAAAAUUGAAGUUCGCGGAGUUUUUGAGGCUAAUGGCAGCCUUAAUAAUAGAUGAGGAAGACAGUGAGGAACAAACACUCAACCCUACCCGGGUUUUUGACCCUGAAGAGCGCGGUUACUUCAGCUCAGAGGAACUCAAGACAGCACUGAAACGCAUGCCGGGAAGUUCUCAGAUGAGAGACUUUGAGCUGCGGGAUAUUUUACGGAAAGCUGAUCCUGACAGGGAUGGAAAGAUAAAUAUUCAAGAUUUUCAAAGACUUCUUGAACCUUUAGUGAGACUUAAAUGACAGAAUUUGAUCAAUGUACAGUUCAUCGCCGAUGGUCAAAUUGUAAUUUCAAUAGAAUGGAAUUUUAAUAAAGUAGCACCGGAUUAGAUUUAACAGCAUUAGCAGCGUUAAUUUGUAAUUAAAGUUAAUUUCCUGGGUAACAGAACGUGAGCCGUUUGACGUGGACAACUUAAUACUUCAAUUUCAAGAUCGAAAAACUGUUCUGAAAUCUGAAAAAAAAACUGAAAUCCAAAACUGAGUAGCAUAUAUAAGCUUCCCAUUGUCCACCCAGUCAAACCACGUAUCUCUUUCUCCAUAUCUUUCUCAAUUCUUUCAUCUGAUUCUAAUUCUAUACUAUGAUCACAAUCGUAAGUCGCUAGCGAAGUAAAUAGCCUUAAUGAUUCUGAAGUGUAGUUUGUUGAUGCGUUCAUCCCGGUGCAUGCUAUUUUCGAGCUGUAUUCAUCGUCGACAAUUAGAACUACCUUCGUUUCAACAUGUCAGAUCUUCAUCGAUAGCGGACUUCAAGGAUUUCCUUGUCAGCAAUGCGAUAAUCAAUAGUCAUUCGCUUGUUCUGUUCAAUACUCUCCUCUAACAUCCGGGUGAUUUCACGGUUUUUGUUACCAUGGGGAAUCUUCAGGUUUUGAUAAAUCUCUAACCCCGUGUACACAUUCACCACAUGUCGUUCCCAGGCGACACUCCACUGAAUUCCUGGCUUCAUCACCACGCCUCGUAUUUCCAUGAUUUCGGCUUCGUCGUCAUCAUCAUCGUCAUCAUCGUCUGCGGCUUGGUCCUUUCUCUCUACAUCUCGACUCAUCUUAGCCGGUUAAGUGUAUGAGGCACUAGUGUAUAAAC